AUGAUAAGCAGACGUGGAGCAGUACAUCAUAUUUAUAGCGACAAUGGUACCAAUUUUACAGGUGCAAACAACAUUUUACAGAAGAUUCAAAUAGAGAAUCAUUUAGCCGAAACAGGUAUACGUUGGCAUUUCAUCCCUCCUGGCUCACAUCACUUUGGUGGUCUCUGGGAAUCAGGAGUAAAAUCCAUUAAAUAUCAUCCAGCUAGAAUUUUAGGUGACCAAAAAUUGACAUAUGAGGAAUUAAGUAUGGUCUUAACUCAAAUCGAAUAUUGUCUUAAUUCACGGUCACUUUGUCCAUUAACAGACAACAUUGAAGACCUUAAUGCACUUACACUAGGACAUUUCAUUGUGGGAUCGUCAUUGAUGACUUCAACGCAUAAUAGUCUUAUUAACUUUACAGAAACCAGCCUAAAAAGAUGGAAAAUUGUGCAGAAAAUAAAGCAAGACUUUUGUAAACGGUAA